GAGGGCGUCGAACAUGCCGAGGCAACACGCAGUUCCAACUGUAGUACUGCUCUGCUUAGUCUUAACAGAAGUCAGGUGCAGUGUGGGCACGGUGAACCUAAGUCGUUUCUUAAGGAAAGGUCUCUCCUUCGACAUGAACGACACGCCCGAGGCAUCGUGCGCCCUGGCACUCCUUCCCCCCAACUUCCAACCGGGCGACCAUGAUUCAUAUUCGCCCAGGCUGUACGUGUUUGGUAAAACUGUCUGGCUGAAUGAAUUUCUCCGCCGGUUCCCGAAAGUAGCUUCGGUUUACCUGUUCGACGGUAGUGCGGCCUGGGAGUUCGCAGAUUUCGUCCUGACUGGUAUGCUGCCCUCCUCGUCCGUUGCGCUUGUGCUCGACCAAUCUGAACAACUCCUCCAUAUCCCUUACCGGGUGCGCGUUCUCUACUGGGAGGCCUCGGUCGCAGACACGCAGUUGGAGAGCGAGGUGCGUUCCUUGAACGCGCGCUACUACCCGCCGGGUGCGUGCCACCGCUUCGUCCGCAUCAUGGUCACGACCCACCCGGCCGGCGCGACGCACGUCUUCUCCCUUCAUCUUGCCUGCGACAUGUUCAAGUCUCCCGCAGCCACGCUUGAGCCGUUGGGCACUUGGUCGCCCGGGACGGGUUGGUCGACGCCGACCUCGGCGAUCUUUCCAGAGGCCUGCGUCUCUUGGCGGCCGCCGCCCGACGGGCAGCCUCUCACUGCGGUGAUGAUGUCUGUACAGGAUGAAGUGCAUGGUGACCUCCAGGAACAGCCCUUUAAGCUCGGAGAGGGUUACAAUGUACUGCGAGUUUUGCGAAACUCCUACGGUCCAGCAUUUGAAUUUAAAUUUAAUGUUACUCGAAAUCCGUACUACCCGUUGAGGGCUGCAGACACCUGCCGUCUUGAUGUCGUGGCGUGUUCAAUUAGUUCUAACCCAGGUUUUAAGAUAACAGUUGCCUUACACAGCCAGCUAAGCGUGUUUGCUUGGGGAUUGCACGAUCUUAUAUUCGUGGUCCCUGCUGGUGCGGGCAAACCAUAUCACGCGUUGCACUCUAUAACGGCCGAGUUCGCUCCUGCAGUGUGGUCUGCUGUUGGGGCAUCGACGCUGGUCGUGGCCGCGUGUUUUUACCUGACGCGCGGUCAGCAGAGCUUUCAGAACGUUUUUCUCCUCACCUUCGCUCCUCUGCUGGGACAGCCGCUGAGCUUUCAGAGCGUGCGUACGCGAACAAUCCUCGGGGGCUGGAUGCUGACCUGUUUCGUUGUGGUGGCGGGCUAUCAGGGAAAGCUCCUGAGCUUCUUGAGAAAUCCCCUCAGGAAUCGAGAAAUCAACUCCUGGCAGGACUGGCUCGAGAGUGACUUGAAGUUAAUAAACCAGGGGCCAUAUGGUGUACUGGAGACCGAAUACUUGUCGUUAAUCGGUGCCGAUGGCCUAACAAGCGAUAGGUUCCGCUUCGGCUUCUCUUACUGGGACAUGUUAAGUAUAACUGCAAAUGGGAAGAAGACUAGCUUUUUCUCCGACAAGGCUGAUUUCGACAUGGUUUUUAACUAUGUCCCAAAAGAUGUUACGAACAAUCUGCACGUUUUCCCGAUGGCGGCUGGUUACAGCCUUUCCUCUUGUUUUGUCACUACCAAUGGCUCCCCGAUAGAAAAGCCUCUAAGAAAGCUUUUGGGGCGUUUGCGCGCUGCGGGUAUUCAUGAUAAAUAUCGUACGAUUGUCCACCGUACAACCAAUGUUACUACGGAGGGAAAACCCAUUACCAAAUACAAUUUGCAGCCUGUAAUGAUGGUCUAUUUGACUGGAAACUUGGUGGCAUUAAUUUCUUUUUUUCUAGAGCUUUUUACUUGAUGUAAUAUUCUUAUAAUUAUUUUGCACAUUUCUUU